AUGAAGUCCUCCACCACCAAGAAGAGGUCCUACACGAGCUCUCCCGCUCCCGACCCGGCCUCGCCCACCAAGAGGUUGUAUUUGCAUAGCAUGAGCCCCAACGUGUCUCGAAAGACCAUCUAUUUGAACCACCACAUUCCGUCAUCGACCAGCCAGUCAUCCAGAAACUUAGAGCAUACUUUCAGUCAUAUGAAGAGGGAGGCUGCCUCCGAGCUCAAGCGUCCACCAAUGUUGAAGCCUCCUCUCUCCAACCCCAGAUCAAAAUCUUCAAUUCUUCUACCUUCCAGGUCCACUUCCCCCAAGCAUAAAUUGAGAAGAACUAAUUCAUUAAUCAGCCAGGGUGGCUCGUCCUCGUCCUCAGAUAAUCAGUUCCAGUCGGCCACCACCUCUUUCGAUAGGUUCAUCCCUUCUCGUCACAAUUCUACCUCAGGCAAGCUCCAAACGUCCUCAACCAAUCCCCACCCCAAUGCAUCUCCAGAGACCCACAUCCGAGCCCAAACCUCCAAAAUCUACCAGCAUCAUGUGGCUGAAGCCUGUGGGUUGGACGUAAACCUGAGAGUGUUACUUUAUCAGCCAUUACCACCAGAACGCAAAAAGCCCAUUAAUUUAUUCAGCCAGCUCUCCAGCUCCACCGUUCCCAAAAGACUCUCCAAAUCGUCCUUGAGACCAGCCGUGGCUUCAGCAAGAGCAAAAAAAAUCCCCACUGCUCCAGAGCGGGUUCUUGACGCUCCGGGCUUGGUUGACGAUUUUUACCUUAAUUUAUUAGCCUGGUCCUCGACCAAUCUACUUGCCAUUGGCUUGGAAGACUCCGUCUAUGUGUGGAAUGCAUCCACGGGGUCGGUGGGGCUUCUUUGUGAAUUACCGCAAAAAACCUUGGUCACCUCCUUGAGGUGGUCCGAGGAUGGUUCCUACAUUUCCAUUGGUAAGGAUGAUGGGUUGUUGGAAAUUUGGGAUAUCGAAACCAACACCAAGUUGCGUACCCUCAAUUGCGAUAACCAUCAAACCAGAAUUGCCUCACAAUCAUGGCAUCAACAUGUAUUGACUAGUGGUUCAAGAAUUGGAAACAUCUACCAUUCAGACGUCAGAAUAGCUUCCCAUGUCAUCAACAAGCUCGAGAACUCCCACAACGCCGAAAUCUGUGGAAUUGAAUACAAGCCAGACGGCCAGCAAUUUGUCAGUGGUGGUAAUGAUAAUCUCGUGUGCAUCUGGGAUGUCAGACAAAGCCAUAGUAACAACAGCACCACCUCUCCGCUAUUCACCAGAUCGAACCACAAGGCAGCCGUCAAGGCGUUGUCAUGGUGUCCCUAUCAACCAUCUCUUUUGGCUACUGGUGGUGGGUCGUCGGACAAGACCAUCAAUUUCUGGAACACUACCACUGGUACAAGAAUCAACACAAUUGAAACUGGGUCUCAAAUCAGUUCAUUGAACUGGGGCUACGCCUCAGGUACAGGCAUGGAAAUCGUGGCAACCCACGGCUUUCCAACAAACAACAUUUCCUUAUUCAACUACCCCACAUUGCAAAAAACCGGCGAGAUUUCAGGUGCUCACGAUUCGAGAAUAUUGAGUGGGUGUUUGAGUCCUGACAAUUUGACGUUGGCCACAGUUGCAGGAGACGAAAACUUGAAAUUCUGGUCGUUGUUCGACUUGUACAAAGGUAGCAGAAGAGAUGGCGAUAGACUUAAUGAUGAUUACGAUGACGAAAGCAACUUAAUAAGUAAUGAUGAUACCAAGAGUAUCAAAAAGAUGAUGCAUAUACGAUAA